GCGCAUGCGCGCGGCGUUUCCUUAGCAACCAGGCGGGUCCCGGCCGGGCGGAGGCCGCGGCGGAGCCGGGGGCUCGCGUAGAUGUGCAGCCCGGGGAGGGCCCCCCCUGGGCCGGCCCCGGCCGGGGACCUGCCCCCGGAGUGGGAGACGGACGACGAGCGUAUGGCUUUCCUCUUUUCGGCCUUCAAGCAGAGCCGCGAGGUGAACAGCACCGAGUGGGACAGCAAGAUGGCCUUCUGGGUCGGCCUGGUGCUGGCCCGCGGCCGGCGCCGCGGCGCGGUGCGCACCUGCCUGAGGGAGCUGCAGAACGGCUUCGAGAGGAGGGGCAGCGUCCCGCUGGGCCUCGGCACGGUGCUGAGGGAGCUGCUCAGGCGCGGCAAGAUGCAGAGGGAGGCAGACUUCAUGGCCAGCGUGGACAGCAGCUGGAUCUCCUGGGGCGUGGGAGUCUUCAUCCUGAAGCCCCUGAAGUGGACUCUCUCGAGCGUGCUGGGCGACAGUAAGGUACCCGAGGAAGAGGAGGUCCUGAUUUAUGUGGAGCUGCUUCAGGAGAAGGCAGAGGAAGUCUAUCGCCUGUACCAGAACUCUGCGCUUUCUUCUCACCCUGUUGUUGCCCUCUCAGAGCUGCGUUCCCUCUGUGCCAGUGUUUGUCCGGAUGAAAGGACGUUCUACUUGUUGCUGCUGCAGCUGCAAAAGGAAAAGAGGGUCACAAUCCUGGAACAGAAUGGAGAGAAGAUCGUGAAGUUUGCCCGAGGUCUUCAUGCCAAAGUGUCCCCGAUGAAUGAUGUGGACAUUGGGGUGUAUCAGUUGAUGCAGAGCGAACAGCUGCUGUCACAGAAGGUGGAGUCCCUUUCCCAGGAAGCAGAAAAGUGUAAAGAAGAUGCCCGGAGUGCUUGUAGAGCUGGCAAAAAGCAAUUGGCGCUGAGGUGUCUGAAGUCGAAACGGAGGACAGAGAGGCGCAUUGAAGAGCUUCAUUCCAAGCUGGAUGCAGUGCAAGGGAUCUUGGAUCGCAUAUACGCCUCCCAGACUGACCAGAUGGUGUUUAAUGCCUAUCAGGCUGGCGUGGGAGCUCUGAAACUGUCUAUGAAGGAUGUUACUGUGGAGAAGGCGGAGAACCUGGUGGAUCGAAUACAAGAGCUUUGUGAUACUCAAGACGAAGUAGCCCAGACUCUGGCUGGAGCAGGAAUCAAUGGUCUAGAGAUGGAUACCGAGGAACUUGAGAAGGAGCUGGACAGUCUCCUCCAGGACUCGACUAGGGAGCCCGUAGACCUGCCUCCUGUUCCCCAGAAGGUGCUGAAUCCAGCCAUUUCAGAUGCUGAGCUCGAAGCUGAAUUGGAAAAGCUCUCUCUUUGUGAUGGAGAUUUGGCACAAAAGACUCCCUCUGCUUCCUCUGAACCCAAAACAGCUCUGGGACUGAAUCUCUAAAGACCCAACAGCAUCCUGUUGCCGCAGUUUGAGAAGUUGUCUUAAGGUUCCUUAACUAAUGACUAAAACUUUGGGACGGAAGGGUAGUAGUCCCCUCUUCUUCGUGAAUAUCACCUUGCUAAGCAACAGGAUCUCCUGCCAUGACAAUCCACUCUGGAACUGGCCCCAGCUGGUGUUUGUCAUCUCUGUGCCAACAUCUGCACUGGUCUCAAUUUGACUUGUUAUCCCAAGUCACCCGUGACAUCGAGUCUUCCCUUCUGGGAACGCAGUGAAGAUAAACUCUUCAAUGUCCAUAACAGUGCUGUUUUUUUUUUUUUCUUUGCUGUGGCUGAUGUUGAGAAUCUGAGUUGCAGCAGUAUUGCAGUUGCUCAACAUUUGGCUGUUUGUGUGGUUGUUUAAAACACUUGGCACAUACCUUACGUCAAGGACAGUACUUAUCUGCAACGAGCUUAAGCACCUGUUGGUAGUUCUAUCCCUCCCUGUCUGUAUUUUGCACGGUUGUGGACAACUAGACACUGUAACUGUUAAAUUGUAGGAGAUUUUGUUGCUGCACUAGGGGGCAGCAAUCGCAAGCACAAGACAAAAAUAAUUCCUCUUUCUGUAAUGACACUAAGGCCUUAAAAGGGAGACCUGCAAAAGAUUUUCAAUGAAGGAGUUCCUUAUGCUGCCCUUGGUGACAAAGGUUUGCAGUCACUAGGAGAAAAAUUUUUCUGCUUGCUCUUACUUGGAGUUUGAGCUGUUUGCUAUUUUUGUACCUUCCCUGUUCGCAAAACAGCAUCAGGAUGAUCUGCUUUGAGGUCUCACGUGGAGUGAUUUGGGGUGGGUGGGGAAGGGAUAAAUAUUUUUUUUCCCCUUUCUGAGUGGACGGUUUCAUGUAACAGUCUCAUCUUCGCCUUCAGUCUUGAUGUUGCAAUCCCACAAGAUUGUGGGUUACCAGAAAGCCCCCAAACAAAACCCUGUGCGUGUUUCUAAUGCAAAAACAAAGCAAAAAGCCACCAAGCACAGCAACUGAAGAUGUUUUUAGAGGUUGUCUUUACCCAGUGGAAGUGAAACCGUCAUCUUUUGCAGGUCACUUUUUUAUUAUGUGUAUGCACUUAAAAAAAAAAAAAAGCAGAAAGCCUGGUACCUAACACAAAUAAACAAAUUCCUUUAGGAAGGGAAAUGGGCACGGGCUUUCUGCACGCAGAGUCUGUGCAGCAACGUGUUGAUCUGUAACCAGUCUUCUCUGCACCUCUCCCUGCCUCAGAAUGUAUUCCUGUCACCGUUCAUCUCCUGGCUUCAUCCUGUGCCAAACUCUACUCCUAGAGCCAUGUGCGUGGCAGCUUGGGGGAACAGAAAACUGGGGCUGGAGUUUCCGUGCCCUGUUUAUUACUGACAAACCAGCUUGAGCCCCAGAGCGCCACGGAAGGAGUUACUGGUGUCAGCUAGGGUGCUUUGUCACUUCGGUUGGGGAGUACAGACUGCUGCCAGAGAUCGUGUGCUGUGGCCAGCGAGCAGUUUACCCCGGCUGCACAUGGAAUGAUGUGAAAUGACUUGAAGCUCUGUAUUCCUUUCCUUUGUAAAACAAACAGGAGAAAAACCACUGUGUUUUCUGCCUAGAUGUAAUAAAGGGGAGAGGAGGAACCAGA